AUGUCAGAAAAGUCUAAACGCUUCUUUACCGCUAAGACUAAUCAUCAUCCUGACGCGUAUACUGCAUACGAAUGGCCGGAAUGGAAGGAUUCCGAUUUGAAUAACGAGAAAUGGGAGAUACCCAAAGAUGGUCCAGAUGGUCUAUUCCUAGACGCAGAACGUGUCGCUAUGCCUUGGUCUUUGGAACCUGACCGUUGGAUACGAGCAAAAGAUUUGGAACACUUGACUGCUCCUCCGACUGUAUACAUAACGACUGUGGAACAUCCUGAUCUGGUUACAAACAAUAAGCAUCUGUUACACAGCGAGUUUGUGAGAUGGUUUGUGUCCGCUCUGACAAACUUGCAAUAUUGCGGUCGAGAGGGUUUAGACAUUGGCGGAGAGAGUUUAAAUUUCAUUUGGAUCGGUCGUAAUAAUCCCUGGUAUGGUUGGAUGCACGUAUAUUCCAUGAACAAAGCUGGGAAAAACAUCCAGCAUCGACCCAUAAUAAAUCCAAACGGUAGAUAUGACAUUAUAUUCCAUUCACAGUAG